GUGAGAAUUGGAAUCAACUGACUUUUCAUUCACUGGAAAGUUUGAAAGCAACAACUUCUCUAACAGACAAGCCCUGACACUCUCAUAUUUGCUUGAGGGGUUAACAGAUGAACUGACUAGGACAUGGGAAAUUUGGAUAGAUACCUUUGACUGGAUCACUGAAUGAUAGAGGGUGCCUACAUGUAUGUGUAGAACUGAACAGAAGGGAAAUAAUCAGUCAAGAUGGCAGAUGAUGGUGAAGUUGAAGUAUGCCCCCCAGCUACCAAGAAAGAGAGAUGUUCUCAGUGGAUGAAUACUCCAGCUUUCUCAGUGUAUGUGAUGAAAGCUCUUUCAUCAUGGGGUGACCGCAUGUGGAUGUUUGCCGUAGGACUGUAUCUGGUCAAACUGUCCAACGUGACCCUGACACUGACAGCUAUUUAUGGCCUAACAGGUGGGGUGUGUGUCAUCCUGCUGGGUGCCCUUGUGGGGGAUUGGGUGGACCGCAACCCAAGACUUAAAGUGGCACGGACUUCCCUGGUCAUCCAGAACACAGCGGUCAUCGUGUGUGCGGUCAUCCUAUGUGUUGUGCUGACCUACUACCAGAAGAUACUGACCAUCUGGCCCAUCCACCUAGCUAACAUCUGCUCUGCGCUGAUCAUCGCUGCAGCCGUCGUGUCUAAACUGGCCAGCAUUGCCACUAAGAUCGCCGUGGAGAAGGAUUGGGUUGUGGUGAUGGCAGCAGGCAACAAGGAUAGGCUAUCAACCAUGAAUGCGUCCAUGCGCCGCAUCGACCUGCUGUGUAACAUCCUGGCACCUGCGCUCGUGGGUCAGGUCAUGACCUUUGCGUCCAUGGUGAUGGGUGCUGUGGUUAUCGCCGGUUGGAAUCUUGUCUCUGUUUUCGCGGAGUAUUACUUACUGUGGAAAAUAUACAAGGCAGUCCCCAACCUGGCCAUCAAGAAAGUCAAGGGUUUGCCAGAGGACAAGACCAAAGCCAAAGAUGUACCAUCUCCAUCUGAUACAGAGACAGGGGAAGCAGAACGUCUUGUGGAGGAAGGUGCCAUGGAUGGGAAGAAGGUUGGGGAGACAGAGAGCACCCCUCAGAAUGGGGUGAAGGCACCCCAGAAGAAGAGUGUGGCAGAGCUUGUGUUUGGCCGGUUUAUCACCCUGUACAAGGGUUGGAGCGUGUACCUCCGUCAGAAGGUUCUGCCUGCCGGGAUAGCCUUCUCCUGUGAAUUCCUGACCAUCCUGGCAUUCGACAGUAUUACAUCAGGAUUUGCCUACUCUCAAGGUCUUGCCGAGUACGUCAUUGGCUUGUUGAUGGCUGCCGGAGCAAUCACAGGGAUCGCCGGGACUUUCGUGUUCCCAGUUCUAAGACAGCGUAUCGGUCUGGAAAGGACAGGACUGGUGGCGUUUGUGGUGUUCAUCUCUUGUCUGACUCUCUGUAUUGCUUCCAUAUGGGCACCAGGAAGUCCUUUUGAUCCAGCUUUCUCAAAAAGGCAGAAUGCAGGCUCAUUCAACACUAACUGCACAGGUGGACGAAUGUCUGUUAAUCUAUCGUCAGUUAUAGGUCUUGAAACAAGGGGAGGUAACUCUAGUGGUGACGUGAACAGAAGAUUGGUGAGAAGAGAGGCUUCCCUGGCUAAUACUAUGCAGUAUUUUGAGCACUUUUCAAAUGAUUUGGCAUUUGAUGUGGAUGAAACAGUUUUCCUUUUUCAGCCAGGUAUUUUGCGGGAAUUAUUUUCCAUGGACACGUCAGAUAAUUUCGAUUUGGUGUUGCUAGGAGAUCAAGGCCACAGCGCGGAGAAAAAACUAAUUGUCAGUCGUCGGAUUAGGGCUGUGACCAAUGGGACAUCAGAUAGUGUGGGUUAUGCUUCAAAUUACGGUAACGAGACUUUGGGGAACUGCUCUGAGAAUACGCCAGCACAGUCUCACUCCUUCAUCUCCAUAAGCCUUCUCAUGGCAGGAAUCGUUAGUGCUAGAUUCGGACUGUGGCUGUCGGAUUUGACCAUAACACAAGUGUUCCAGGAGAAUGUCGCAGAAACUGAACGAGGGGUUGUCGGCGGGGUUCAGAGUUCACUGAACAUGCUCAUGGAUGUCAUCCGCUAUGCCAUGGUUGUCAUAGCACCCGACCCGGAAACUUACGGAAUCCUUAUCAUCAUAUCUUUCCUGUCUAUUUGUACAGGGGCGUGUUUCUUUGCUUACUAUGUCAAAAAGAAACAGGGCUACUUUUGUGUAGAAAGCUGCCCAUGCUCUGGGACCCAAACAGAAAGUGUUAACAGAAAAGAAAGUCCUGCAGAAAAUGCUCCUGUUACUGAGCUUUAGCUUAUUUGCAGCUUUGUUUUACAGAUCUUGAAAUGUGUUACAAACCAUGAUCAUAUAUAUGUACUUGAACAAGUGUAGCAAACUGUGUGUACUCUUUUGCUAAAUGUAACAUAUAGUGUGAAAAAGCCAAACAAAGCAUAUCUGCACCAAGUGGAGAUAACCACGUUUUUAGAAACGUUGGGCAGGUUGAAAUCUACUUAAAUAAUUAGAGCACCUUUUGGAGUGGAAACCCAGUGUUCUACAUGUUAUUUUUGUACUUUAUAUGAAAUUACCAGAGAUCUAUACAUUAUGUCAUGACAGAUAUGAGGUUUUAUAUUGGUGUUUUAUAGGACGAGCUUCUUAAUUUUAGGACGGCUUCAUAGCCCCAUUACAGUUUUUUGGGAUCUUCAGUUUUAUAUUUACAUGUAUCAACAAGUUUACUACAUUACAGUUUUGACCAUUUCCUAUUUGAAGAUGGGUCCUCAUGUUAUUUGCAUUCUGUCCCAGAUUUGUUUUUUUGUUAUGGACAGUUUAAUUGAAAUCUGUUUUAACUGUGUCAAUUUUCCUUAUCGAUGGUGUUAUAUUUUUCUUCUAGAGGUUAUGGUAAAGUACUAACCGUACAUUUUGACAUUUUAAAUAUUUAUUGGAAGGAUAAAUGAUAUGUGUGAUGGUGUCUCCCUAUUCAAGGAUCAUAUCUAACUUUUUAUUCUUUAUACAUCAGUGAAAUCCCAGUAUUUCCUUCACUGAUAAAAAUGAUAUCUUCACUAUUUAGAUAUCACUUUUGUUAUUACAUUUUGCUAUUACACUGCUGGAGACCUUGACCCAUGACCCACAGCUGACCUUGCCAGAGCUACUUUUGUACAUGCCAUCUGCUACAUUCGUUUAAAUCUUCGUGGACUGCAUCACAAGGCCGUGCACUUCUGCACAAUAUGUAGUUUGCCAAAAAAAGAGGUAGAAAUUCUUCAUGUGCUUAAUUUACGUAAAUACCUAUAUUGCAUUAGCAUUAAGCACCUUUGUAGAAUGUAUAAUUACUUACGGACAGUGUUUAAAGCUGUAUAAAGGUUCUGUGAGCACGGACGUGAGCGAAAUUGCAGCGCGUAUGAAUAGAAUCAGAAAUACGACGAAGAUGGCACAUUGCUUAUUUUUUUCACGGAUGCAACAGAUAAACUGAUACACAUGUAUAUACAUGUAGAGAAAAUGUCAGGAUAUAAAUAAUAAAUAGAAUAUUGCACUGUGAAGGUUGAAUACUGUAAAUAAAUAUUGUUCUCGUGAAAGGUAGAAAUGAUAACCCAUGAGACGCAAAUCACUUGAACCUCUCACUUGAAAAAUAUUUAUGGUAUUCAACCUUCACUGUGCAAUAUCCUCUGUGUCUCUGGAAAGGCAAAUAGCACUGAUGUCGGUAAAGUACGCAUGUAUGUAGGUCAGCCUCAUGUAAAGGUGUCCGCUGGAGUGAUGUAAUUCAAAUCUUUGUACAUGUUGAAGUGACCGAACUGUUAAGACAGGUGUAGGUGCCAACGUUGAAGGAGACUUCACUGAAGUGUAGGUGACAGCUAAAGUUUAGAUUGCUGUUAGAGUUAGCUUGAUUGACUUAGCCCACAUGUAGGUGCAAGUUCAAAUGACUUUACCCAAGUUUAGGUGCCAGCUUGAUUGACUUAACGCACAUGUAGGUGCCAACUCAAGUGACUCUACUGAAGUGUGUGUGCCAGCGGAAGUGACUGAACUGAAGUGUAAAUGCCAGCUCAAGUGACUUUACUCAAGUUUAAAUGCCAGCUUGAUUGACUUAACCCAAGUGUAGGUGUAAGCUCGACUGAAUUUACU